AUGAGUCUAACAAUUGCAAAUGAUGGAAGCCCAGUCAUCGACUCGGAGGAAACUCCGUUGUUGAAGCAACACAAGAGGACCCCAUUACCAAUCUUGCAGAUCGGCAUAGGUCUCCUCCUGCAAAUCUGUGAGCCCAUAUGCAGCCAAUCUAUAUACCCAUACAUCAACGAACUGGUAAGCACCCUUGACAUUACCGAGGGCGAUGAAAGAAAAGUUGGAUAUUACGCUGGUUUGAUUGAAUCUUUGUUCUUUGUCACGGAAGCGAUAACUGUACUGCAGUGGAGUCGACUUUCCGACCACAUAGGUCGAAGGCCCGUUAUAUUGGUCGGCCUGGCGGGCAUAAUGUUUUCAAUAUUAUGUUUUGGUUUGUCGCACACCUUUGUCACCCUUGUCAUUAGUCGCUGCCUUUGUGGCCUGCUAAACGGAAACAUCGCCUUUGCUUUAAUCCCUGUCACUUGGUCUAUGGGUAUGUCACUAGGGUACAAGGAAUUUCCUUAUUUUCUUCCUUGCAUCGCAAGUGCAAGCGUCGUGUUUGUAGUUUUUGUCGUCACAGCGCUAUUUUUGAAAGAAACGGUUACAAAACAAAAUACCCAACCAAAGCGUCCGUCAUCCGAGUCCUCAACUGACUGUACCCUGGCUGAGGCGCUGGAACCCUCUUCAUCUCAUGAGCCUCUUCCACUUCAAAAACUCCUGGUGUUUCCUGUCGUUAUUUCAAUCCUCAACUACGCGACAUUGGCGCUCCUGAACAUUUCCGUCAAUGCCCUUUUGCCAUUAUUCUUCCACAUGCCCCUUGACAUGGGUGGCCUUAACCUCGAACCGGCAACUAUUGGAUACAUAAUUGGUGUCUACGGUGCAGGGACAGGCCUUUUUCAGUUCUUGUUCUUCGCCAAGUUGGUUCGGAGGUUUGGCCCAAGGCGAAUAUUUGUAACGUCGCUUUCGGCAUUCAUCCCGAUCUUCCUCAUAUUCCCUGUUGUUAACAUUGUCGCAAAAAAACUCGGUGUCUCCCUACUCGUUUGGGUCUUGGUCGGUUGUCAACUAGUCUUAUUAUUUUUCAUGGAUACAGCCUAUGGUUGCAUCUUCAUGUACAUCACGGCGUCAGCGCCCAACAAACGUUCACUGGGAGCAACAAAUGGUCUAUCACAGACCACUGUUUCUGCAGCGAGAGCCAUCGGUCCCGCCCUAUCGACAUCCCUUUUCUCGUUCUCUGUGGAGCGAAAUAUCUUGGGGGGCUAUGCCAAUCAGUAG